AUGUGCAAGGCCGGUUUCGCCGGUGACGAUGCUCCCCGUGCCGUCUUCCCCUCCAUUGUCGGUCGUCCCCGUCACCAUGGUAUCAUGAUUGGUAUGGGUCAGAAGGACUCCUACGUCGGUGAUGAGGCACAGUCCAAGCGUGGUAUCCUCACCCUCAGAUAUCCCAUCGAGCACGGUGUCGUCACGAACUGGGAUGACAUGGAGAAGAUUUGGCACCACACCUUCUACAACGAGCUCCGUGUCGCCCCUGAGGAGCACCCCGUUCUCUUGACCGAAGCCCCCAUCAACCCCAAGUCCAACCGUGAGAAGAUGACCCAGAUCGUCUUCGAGACCUUCAACGCCCCCGCAUUCUACGUCUCCAUCCAGGCUGUCCUGUCGCUGUACGCCUCCGGUCGUACCACUGGUAUCGUUCUGGACUCUGGUGACGGUGUCACUCACGUCGUCCCCAUCUACGAGGGUUUCGCCCUCCCCCACGCCAUCUCGCGUGUCGACAUGGCCGGUCGUGACCUGACGGACUACCUCAUGAAGAUCUUGGCCGAGCGUGGUUACACUUUCUCCACUACCGCUGAGCGUGAAAUUGUCCGUGACAUCAAGGAGAAGCUUUGCUACGUCGCCCUCGACUUCGAGCAGGAGAUCCAGACCGCUUCCCAGAGCUCCAGCCUCGAGAAGUCUUACGAGCUUCCUGACGGCCAGGUUAUCACCAUUGGUAACGAGCGCUUCCGUGCUCCUGAGGCUCUCUUCCAGCCCAGCGUUCUGGGUCUCGAAAGCGGUGGUAUUCACGUCACCACCUUCAACUCCAUCAUGAAGUGUGAUGUUGAUGUCCGUAAGGAUCUGUACGGCAACAUUGUCAUGUCUGGUGGUACUACCAUGUACCCUGGUAUCUCCGACCGUAUGCAGAAGGAGAUCACCGCCCUUGCUCCUUCCUCGAUGAAGGUCAAGAUCAUUGCUCCUCCCGAGCGCAAGUACUCCGUCUGGAUCGGUGGUUCCAUCCUGGCCUCCCUCUCCACCUUCCAGCAAAUGUGGAUCUCCAAGCAGGAGUACGACGAGAGCGGUCCCUCCAUCGUCCACCGCAAGUGCUUCUAA